GGCACGCACGUAUAUAGCAUAGCAUAGCAUAGCUGCAGGGUGCAGGCUGCAGAGAGCGAGCUGCAGCGCCAUGGGCAGGCCGCCGUGCUGCGACAAGGAGGGGAUCAAGAAGGGGCCAUGGACGCCGGAGGAGGACAUCAUCCUGGUGUCCUACAUCCAGGAGCACGGCCCGGGCAACUGGCGCUCCGUGCCCAUCAACACGGGCCUCAUGCGCUGCAGCAAGAGCUGCCGCCUCCGCUGGACCAACUACCUCCGCCCCGGCAUCCGGCGCGGCAACUUCACCCCGCACGAGGAAGCCAUCAUCGUCCACCUCCAGUCCUUGCUCGGCAACAGGUGGGCCGCCAUUGCUUCUUACCUCCCGCAGAGAACCGACAACGACAUCAAGAACUACUGGAACACCCACCUCAAGAAGAAGCUCAAGAAGCAGCAGGCCAUCGGCGCCAUCUUCGCACCACCCGACUCCUCCUCGUCGUCCUCCUCCAUCGUAGUACCACCCGCCGCUACCACCACCACCACCACCGUCGACCACCACCACCGUGACAUGCUCGGCGCCAACCUCCUCGUCUCCUCCAAGGACACCUACUACUACGCGCGCCCACCAGCCGAGGCCGCCGCCGUCGCCCGCCGCUCGCCGUUCGCCGCCGACGGCGACAGCUCCUCGUCGUCGUACGCCUCCAGCAUGGACAACAUAUCCAGGCUACUCACCGGCUUCAUGAAGCAGCAGCACGACGACGCUGCUGCUGCUGCCGACACCAAGCCCCCGGCCCCGGCCGCCCAAGUCAACAGCCCGCCGCCUGCUGCUUUUCUGUCGCCGUCGUUCCACCACCACAUGUCCGCCGGCACCGGGAGUGGCACGCCACCUGCAGCUUCAGCGGCCUACUUCAACGACAUGAUGCCGCCGCCGCCGCCGCAGCAGCAGGCGGCGCUGAUGGGCGGGCACGGCGACUACGAUGACGGGCCCAGCAGCCGGCAGCACCUGCAGCCGUCCCCGCUGUCUCCCAUCGAGAAGUGGCUGUUCGAAGAGGCUGCCGAGCAGGUCGGCGACCUCAUGGAUCUGUCCGAAGACUGCUGCUCGUCGGUUCCAAUGAUGUUCUAGAUCAAAAAAAAAAAACAAAGAAGAGAAGAGAUCAAUAAUAAUAUACUAUUAUACAAUACAUAUGACAGAGCCCAAUAUACACACACCAGUUAUUAGUUAGGUUGUUGUAAUUUUCUGCAAGUUUUACUUUUUUUUUUGUCCUAGAAGGAAGUUAUAUGCUUACAUGUAUACUUAUUAUGUUACAUAUAUAUAUUCAUGCAUGAGAGAGAAAAAAACAUACAUACAUAUAUAUACCGGUCAAAGUCAAACACCCCUGUGAAAAGGUCAUCUUCCUUUCAGGUGUAUACAUACAUGCAAACGUUACUAGCUAGCUUGUGGUAGAUUUGACACUGGGCAAUCAAAAAGCCAGAAGAAUAAGAGACAGCAACAGGCUAGCUACUAGGAAUAAGAGUAACUGAAUGACAUGUGUAGUAAGCAUGUCAGCAUGAUGUAACCAUGGUCAUCUGUAGUUCAUACUUUUCUUGUUAUAUAUAUCUAUAU